CUUGAUGUAUCAAAAUGUUCGGGAAUCCUAAUUUUUCGCUCAUUGCUUCUGUGCUCAUUUUUGGAAUUUUAGUAACUGGUAGUGCAUUAACAGAAGAAUCUUCUUGUUCACGUGUUGAUUUUGAUCAAGCCACGCUUACGUUCCUAGCAAGAUGCUCGUUCCUGCAAGAGUUCAUUACCAAACGUUACGCAGAUUCCAAUGUGUUCAACCCGUACCGACCGGAGGCAGAGUUUUACCUCUCAAAUCGAUGGCAGGGGCUAACUUGUGGCGAAACUGUGAAUAGUUUUAGCAUGAAUGGACAAACUGAGCUACGAAUGGUUUAUCAUCUGGUUUUCCAAACCGGUGCCACCCUGGAGAUUCGAGUUGUGGAUUUGGAUAUGCUAGAUGCUGAUCUCAAACCAACCGUUGUGAUCCGGUGGAAAACCGAGCAAGCCACUUCCGGAUGGGGCAUGUUCCGAGAAAAAAUGGACAAAGUCGUCAAUCGAGCUAAGGUUCAAAUUGAAGCUAACAUGAAUGCCGGAAGUGAGGUUGCCAUAGAGUAUAUAACCAUUUUCAACUACGAGGUCCAAACAGACGAAUGUUCUUCGAUAGAUGAAGUUUUGCCGCCGUCAACUACAACAACUUCAACAUCUACUCAGCCUACAACAACACUAAGUACCACACCAACAGCAACUACAACAACAACCUCCAGCACAACAACAGCGACAACAACUACAGAAAUGGUCAGCACGCCAAGCACAACCUCAAAUUCGCCCAGGGAUGAAAGUACAACUGAAUUGCCUGGAACAUCAACAACAUCGAUCACUACAGUGACAACCGAUGAUCCCGUUUCAGAUCCAUCGUUGGCUGUUGGCACCACUGAUUGGGUUUGGCUUGCUUUGGCCGGAGUCUUUGCUGUUUUAUUCUGCUUGGCCACGACAAGUGCAGCUUACAUCUACGCUGCCAAUCGAGAGCUUCAAAGGAUCAAUGAAUUGAUGCGAAAGGAUCGUUCUGUGCAUUUUGUUCAGAAAGAAAUGUCUAAACAUGAUUAUAGAUGAAAUAAAACUGGUGUUUUUACCGACAGUUA